UCGAAAAUGGGGCAUUUAUUAUAUGAAAUGGGCAAGGACUGGUUUUGGGGAAAAAAAGGAAUCCUAAGAAUUUCUUUCACCGUAUUAGCUCUUCAGGCCUUUGACACGCAAGUGUAUAAUUAGUCGCUCAAUAUCGCUGUGUGGCAUUUUUGGUGCUUGGUUGGGUGCAAUUGCUCUUCCUCUGGAUUGGGAUCGCUGGUGGCAGCGUUGGCCACUUCCGUGUGUCUUUGGUGCACUUCUCGGUGCUUGCUGUGGGUUCUUGUACAGCGCUUCUCAUCUAAUUUUUACAUGGUUCAGAGGACGACGACGAAAAACGACAAAAUUUGUCUAACC